AUGCCCGAGGAAAUCGGUUCUCUAGAAUCUUUGACGGAACUUACCUUGCCUCUAGAUUCGGAUCUGUCCAAGCUUACGCAUUUGUCUCUGAGCGGAUGCUCUCUGAUAAAGGAACUUCCAUGCUCACUCGGGGAAUUAGAAGCAUUGGUGGAGUUGCAUUUGUCAUCAUCAGGUAUAGUAAAUCUGCCUGAUUCAAUUGGGAAUCUGAAAAAACUGAGAGUGAUUAGAAUCGACUAUACAAAGAUAAAAAGGUUACUGGACACCAUUGGAUUGGUCGAGAUGCUCGAAGAGUUGUAUGUAGGGGGUUGUCUGUUUCUGAGGGGUCAGAUCCCCGAUGAAGUCGGAAGGCUCUCCCAUUUGAGGACCUUGCACUUGUCGUACACCCGUAUUUGUGGAUUGCCCAUGACGAUCAGCCAUGUCGCUCGUCUCCAAACACUUGAAUUGGAGGGUUGCCUCAAGCUCCAGCAUUUGCCAGAGCUUCCCUCUAGUUUGAUCCAUCUCUCUUGUCAUGCUUCUAGCUUUCUGUCUGUGCCAGACCCCUUGAAGCUAGUUAAUUUAGAUUACCUAGAUUUGUACGGCCCAUACAAUCCUCCGAAGGAAUUUCUCCAACCCGAGGAUAUCUCAAAGUCCAUCAAGCAACUUCCAUCUGAUGAGACUAGCAAAAAUCACCUAGAGAGGGAUGAAUAG